CAAGACAGUUACUGGAUUAACACACUUAUUUUUUCUUACUGUCUUUGGCUCAAGAUUUGGACCAUAAAAUGAAGGUCUACAGUGAUGCAGUGAAAGCUUUGCUAUUUCUCUCACUGGUUAUUCAUUCUGCAUCAGCAGACACACACUCUCUGCAGUUCCUCUUCACUGUAGUCAAAGAAAUAAAGCUUCCAGAUUUUAUUGCUGUGGGUCUGGUGGAUGGAGAGCAGUAUGUGUACUAUGACAGCAACAUCAGGAAAGCGAUCCUAAAGACAGAGUGGAUAAAGAAGUUUGAUGCUAAUGUUCAUAAAAACUGGAUCAGGAAAUUCAAUCAGGACAAUCAGGCAUGGUUCCAACACAAAGGGGCUGAAGCAAUGAAGAGUUUUAACCACACUAAAGGAGGUCUUUAUACAGUCCAGUACAUGCAUGGAUGUGAGCUUGAUGAUGAUGGCACCACUCGAGCAUAUUACCAGGAUGCUUAUAAUGGAGAAGAUUUAAUCAGUUUGGAUUUGAACUCUGAAAACUGGAUCACAACCAAACCUCAAGCUGAGAUCAUUAAGAACAAGUGGGAGGCUACAGGACACGGGGCUAAAUACUGUAAAAAUUAUCUACAGCAUGAGUGUGUUGAAACACUGAGGAAUUUCCUCUCUCAUUCCAGAGAGAUUCUGGAGAGGAAAGUUCAUCCUGAAACGUCACUGUUCUGGAAACACUCGUCUCCUCCAGAGGUGGUGUGUGAUGCUACAGGUUUCUUCCCCAAAGCACUGCUGAUCUCCUGGCAGAAGGACGGAGAGGACGUGUAUGAAGACGUGGAGCUCAGAGAGACGUUACCCAACCAGGAUGGAAGCUUCCAGAAGAGGAGCAUUCUGAAAGUCUCAGCUGAGGAGCUGCAGAAACACACCUACACCUGUGUGAUUGAGCACAGCAGCUUGGAGAAGGAUUUAGUGCUGCCUGUGAGCGAGAGACGAAUCCUGAGAGGUGGAGGAUCAGAUGGAGGAUUAGAUGGAGGAUCAGGUGGGGGACAGAUUGGUAUCAUCAUCAUUUGUGUAGUCGUGGCUCUCGCUGUUCUUGUUGUUGCUGGAAUUUUCAUCUGGAAGAAGAAACAAUCUGGAUUUAAAUCUGUUCCAGCCAGAGCCUCCUCUGAAGGAGAUUCUUCCUCCAAUAACUCCUAAAGUGUGAGAGUGUGUGAUCCUGCUGCAGUGAGAGAGUAAGACAUGAUGAUGUUUACACUGUAAUCUGGAAUAUUAAUCUGUGUGUGUGU